UCCCCUUCUUCCCUCCUCUCCCCCCAGCUGAAAUCUAAGCUAAACCUGGGGAAUUGCCUUGCAUUUAGAAACUAUUGAAGGGUCAGACAAGCUGUAUAUCAGGGCCACGCAGCUUUUCCUGCUGGAUUCAUGAUGAUAACUCCAGCUUUUGAACUGACCCAGGAUCCUGACUUUCUUACAAUAGUAAUCAAAGUGCCUUAUGCCAGAGCUUCAGAGUUUGAUGUGUAUUUUGAAGGGGAAGAUUUUAAAUUUUAUGCUAAGCCAUACUUCCUUAGGUUGACGCUUCCUGGAAGAAUUGUAGAAGAUGGCAGAGAAAAAGCAUCUUAUAAUACAGACAAAGGAGCUUUUACAAUUCAAUUACCUAAGGAGAUUCCUGGACAGUAUUUUGAGGGACUGGACAUGCUGACAUCUCUUUUAGCACCAAAGAAAUCAAGAUCAGCAAAACCUUUAGUAGAAGAAAUAGCUGCCUCUGCUGAGUUGUCUGAGGAGGAGGAAGAAGAAUUUGACUGGGAAAUAGAGCAGACCCCUCACAAAGACAGUGCAGAAAGCAGUCUACCACUACAGUACUGUUACGGCUUUGGGAACUUGCGGUCAGGGGUGUUCCAGCGGCUGCAGGAUGAACUCAGUGACGUUAUUGACAUUAAGGAUCCAGAUCAAACUCCUGUAGAUGAGCGUAGGAGGAAACGUCUGGCAGCUGAGGCUGCCAAGUUUGAGCCUGAUCAUUACCUUGCUGAUUUUUUUGAAGAUGAAGCUGUUCAGCAUGUUCUGAAGUACAAACCAUGGUGGGUUGAUGCUCAUAAAAAAAUGACAGCCUUGAAGGGGGAAAGUCAUCAGGAUCAGGACACUCAUAGAAUUGUUGUCUUCUCUGAGGAAGAGAGAGAGCAGCUGAGAAAGUUCACAAAUAAAUCUUACCUUCUGGAUAAAAGAAGCCGUCAUCAUGUGUAUCUUGGUUUAAUUGAUAUCCUUCUGGCCUAUUGCUAUGAAGUCCGUGUCAACGAAGGAGACAAGAACGUUGAAUCGUCUUGGAACAUAAGGAAACUGAGUGCAACAUUGUGCUGGCUGGAGAGAUUCACUAACAUUCAUGAUGUCCUGGUAUCUUUCGGAAGAAGAGUGCUGUGCUAUCCCCUAUACAGACAUUUUGAAUUGGUGACAUGUGCCUUCAGUGAUACAGUCAUGAUACUGCAACUAGGAAAAGCCGCAGUUUUGAAGUGUCUGCUGGACAUUCACAAGAUUUUUAUGGAGAAUGACCCUGCCUAUAUCCUGAAUGAUCUCUUCAUUACAGACUAUUGCAUCUGGAUUCAAAAAGCUAAGUCAAAAAAGUUGGCUGCACUCUCUGAGUCCUUGCAGAAAACCACACUCGCUAAGUCCCACAUAGGAUUUGAACUAGAAGAGCUAGAAGCAGCAGCAGUGCUGGUACAAGAGGAAGAGAGCAUGUUAAAAGCUGCUGGCAGAGUUUCCAGGCAACAGCUGCCUUCCUCUGAGACAAGUGACUCUGAAGAAUCAAGCAGUACUUCAUCUGAGACAGAAGGCUCUGAUUCAGAUGAGCCAGAGUCCUCAACCAGUGAAGAUGGGGAAAUAAAUUCUGUACAAGACACGCUUCAAGAAGAGAGGACAGCUCCACUUAUUGACUGUAAUGGAUUAAGGCAGGGCACAAACACUUCGACAUUUGAGGUUAGUGAUGAAAAAUCAAAGGUUUCUUUGCGAUCUACAACUCCUCCUGGACAAUUGAUAGCGGAAUUAGAAAAGCAAAUGCACACUGCAAUUAGACUUUCAGAACAGCCUGAAAGAUCGGCUACUCCAGGCUGCAUUUUACAGGAGCAAGACGAAAGCCAUGUAUCUGAACCUGACAGACUUUCAGAAGAUACUGAUGGGAAGGGAAAUUACUUAGAGGUGUCUUCAAAGACAAACCCAUUGCUUUUUCUUUGUGGCACAAAUGAAGAUGAAGACUAAAGGACUGUGUUAGAGCGCAGUGUGACCCACUAGCAAUGCAGCUCGUUGCUAUAAUGAGGUGUUCCCAAGGCAAUCUUGAGCUUCAGAAAGAAGCGGAUAUUUUUCUUCUUUGUUGUGUUGACAGUUCGGAGGGCAAGGCUGCUUUGAAAAGAAUUGACAUGACUGUAUGAUAGAUACCCUCAUAGUUAGAUUUUUCAGUCUCACAUUUGAGCUCUACAUGUGGGAAUGUGUAAUUUCAGUAAACUUCUAGAAACAGUUUCUGUUCAGCUUAUUUGGUAGUAGAAUGAUGUCCUAAUCAAAUACAAUUUAAAUGAUUUGUAGCAUCAUUUUAGUUAUCUUUAGCUGUUGGCAUUUACUUGAAAAAUAUCCUCAUUAUGUUUGUAUGAAGUUGUUUAUGAUAUUUUGCUUCAUAGCUCUUAAAAAAUGGUUAUAACUUUAAAAGUCUAAAUAGUGUUAAAAUAUUUUUAAGUGUAUAUUUUCUAAUUUUUGUACAAAAUAAAGGAAUUUAUCAGUAUAAGAAGGGUUAUAGCUUAUAUUUCUGCAGUUUUUCAAUUAUUUCAAUAGUUUUGUCAUGUGUUUAUUCUUUUACGCUGUUUUGUUUUUGAAAGGUUUUCAUGUGUGGACUCUACUAUUGCUCCUCAAAAACCAGGAAUUCUAAUUGUUUGUUUCUUUCUGUGUAUACUCUUGGUAUCACCGCAGUAAUGUUAGCCAAAAUGGAAGAAACAACAUGGUACAGCAAUUGAGUAUAGGACUGAAAGCAUACCAGUGCUGUCUACAGCUAGCUGUGUUACCAGUGUUUCAUGUAGCUUUGGCUAACUCAUUUUUGUCUUUAUAGUGUUAAAAUAAUCCAGUCAGUCAAUAUAUUUUGUGCUGAUUUCUGUUAACUGUAAAUAAGUUCUUGAAAUCA